AUGUCCCCGCAGCCAGAAUGGGCAGCCUCCACUUCCCUCAUCCACAUGCCUCGGACGUCAUCUGAUGAUCAAUUCCAGUCUGCGGGACCAGCACCAAACCUGGAGGCAUCAAGCUCUAAAGUCACACUUCCUUGGUCAUUUAACCCCCAGGACACCAGUCCCAUAGCAUUCAACCCACAAAUAACGAGCCCCACCACAGAUAGUCAUCAGGUGUCAAGUGCCCCAGCUGCACACUACAAGGAGUGCAGUAUUGCUGUGCCUGUCACCUACCAGAAACAAAAACAGCCACAACAGUUGCAGCAGCAGAAACAACUUGAACAUCAGCAGCAACAGAAACAACUUGAACAUCAGCAGCAUGAACCACAACAGCAAGAACAGCAACAGCAGGCUAGACAAAACAAGCAGAGGCGUCGUUCCCACCGACGCCAUCGUCGUCGUCGACGUGCCACCUCCACUGCUUCAUGA